AUGUCUGUCAGAGAGGUCGCUUGCACCUACGCUGCCUUGAUUCUUCACGAUGAUGGCAUCGCCAUCACUAUAAUUCUUAUUUUUGCUGAGAAGAUUGCCACGCAGCUCUGCGAGAAGAACAUCGAGGAUCUCAUAAUCAAUUUUGGCGGUGGUGGCGCCAGCGCGUUUGCUGCUCCUGCGGAUGGUGUUGCUGCCCCAGCUGUUCCUGUUGACGAGGAGAAGAGAUUUGAUUUCGCUAAUUCGGGUUUGUUGCACCGAAAGUGUGGCAUUGGUUGUUCUGCCGUCGCCGUCCUUCUUGUCCUAAAAAACCCUAACCCCUCAUCUCCUCCGGCGGUGAUCCCCGAUUCAGAGCUACCACCCAGAUCCGACCUCUUCCUCAGAUCCGACCACCCAAACCGGUACUUCCUCACCCUUAACCAUCUUUUUUCCAUUCUUUCCCACAUAGUUCAUACAUCUUCUUCACCCGUCCCGACAGCUGUCUAUAGUCAACGUAUCCGGCCACUUUUGACCGGAUCGGAGCCGGAUUUCGUACCAGUACCCGUGUCGUGUCGACACGGGUACUCCGGCGGUAGGUGCCGAGUCCGGGUAACAGGUGUUUUCUCCCCAGCCGUAGAUAUGUAUGGAAUAUUUUGUCAGACAGAUUUACAGAGAGCCUCUGCAUCAACGAAGCAGGGCCGGAAAGCUGCUCUUGCUAGGUGGAGUCUCAUAUUCACUCUCUUCGCUACACCCAAAGAUCUCCUCCAUUCACACUCCAUAAUGUCGGCAUCUGCCUCAAAUUCAGCCCGACAUUAUUUCAUAAAUGGUCCAGCUCAUGGGAAUCCGCCAUUAUAUUGGUCGAGGAAUCUACGUCUACCGGGAACACUAUUUUUAGGUUCUCACUACAUCAGAGGUUACGACUACUUCAAUAGUGAUGUUGACAAUGAUUGUGAUUUUGUCCCAAAUGUGGAUGUGGACAACUUUGGAGCUCAUUUUCUUGGUAAGCCUAAUGGUCACAGUUCCAAUACCGAUUCCAACAAUGGAGACAUGGUCCAAAUGUACCAUCUUAUGAGCGAAACUGUGCGCAAAAGAUUGGCUGAGCUUGAUUCGUGUUUGAGGCAUUUAGACUUGGUUUGCACUGCCAUGCACAAUGUUAGAAGAUCUGUGGUAGCUAAAGAAAUUGUGACGCAAUUUGCGGAUCAUAAUCUCAUAAUCAAACUCCGUUUGUAUCGCGUGAUACGUGGGAUUCAUGCUGUGAUUUUGAAGGAGAUCGCGUACGCCGUCGAUAACUUGGGCAACCCACUAAUGGAGCUAGCGGCUAUUCGGCUUGCUGGAGUCAGCCUCCAACAGGAUGAAGAAUUCCUUAUCCUCCAAAUAUUCUCGAAGUGGUGA